AUGCACCUUGUCUGCUUAGGGGUCAUGCGUCGGCUUCUCCACUGGAUAUGCCAAAGCCACAGCAAUAGACUGAGCAGAGCUCAUCGUUGCCAACUAAAUGAGAGCUUGCGAGAGGCAUCCGAGGCCUUUCCAAUGCAUUUCCAGCGAAAACCAAAGGGCACAGAAGAACUGAAUCGAUGGAAGGCAACAGAGUUCCGCACAUUUCUCUUAUAUGUGGGGACUAUUGUCUUGAAGCUUGUUGUGCCUGUGUCUCAAUACAAGCAUUUUUUAAUGUUUCAUGUGGCCAUCAGAAUUUUAGCGUCACCAAAGCACUACCUUGAGUACAAUGACUUUGCGAAAGAAGUGCUCAGGUAUUGGCAAGAAUUUGUUGAGCUAUAUGGAAAAAAGCAGCUAGUGUACAAUGUACACACAGUUGUUCACCUUGCCGAUCAGUGCAGGGAGCAUGGCUCGUUAUAUCAGUUUCAUGCAUUUCCUUUUGAAAGCUACCUUGGACAAAUGAAGUUGCUGCGAUAUUCUAACAAGCCAUUUUCGCAGUUAAGCAGGAGGAUCUCUGAACUGAGGUACUUAUCCCAUAAUGAUGCUAAAAAGGCGCAGCAACAAGUGCUACCUGGAGACUGCUUCCUGUUGAAGGAUGGCCCUGUUCUUGUUGGAGAGAUUAUGGGAGACGAGUUCAAGGGAGGAAUUCUUCCUUAUGCCAGAGAUUUUUUCAAGGUUCCUCUCAAGUCUUCCGAGCUUGACAUAUUAUGCAUUGACACCUUUAGUAAUAAAACUAAGGUGUGGCCCCUUCAAGAGCUCCAAAACACAGCUCAGUGUCUGGGGCUGUGCUACAAACGAGGACACGUUGUUCUGCCACUUUUGCACACUUGA